AUGACAUGUAAAAUUCGGCUUCUCAGUGGUUUAGUAGGUUUAGAACUUUCACUGGACUUCCUAACAGCUACAAAACCACAAAGCAAAAACAUUCACAUAUUCACAGACUGCCAGGGAGCAAUAUUAACAGCAUUUUCAAGAGAGAUUCCCAAGAAUACAAUUGAAACCGUUUUUAACAUAAAAACAUAUGUAACAAGUUUAGAGGACAAUGGUAAUACACUCCAUGUGCACUGGAUACCGGGACAUAAAAACAUAGAGGGAAAUGAGCUGGCUGACAAGCAGGCAAAAGAAGGGGCUAAGAAGGCAGCAGAAUUUGAUGAAGCAGAAUUCAAUGAUGAAAAGAAAGAUGCCAGUGAUGUCAUGCAAAUGAUGAAAAGAAAAGCCAUUAAUGAAAAAUGGUUAGCACAAUACCGUUACUCUGAGAGGUCUUUCGCCAUACAUAACAUCUUUGUCACACCAGGGGUCAGAAACUGCGGUGGUGAAAAGAAAAGAAAAAGUUUCAGCCAAAUCAACCAACUCCUUGGGGGUCACACCUGGCUAAAAGAUCACUGGUCAAAACAGACACCAGACCAAACAGACAACUGUUGUAGUGUCUGCCAAGUUCCUGAAACUGUAGACCACUUCAUAUUCUACUGCAAAAAGUACGAUGAAGCUAGAAGAGGACUGGGAGAAAGAACAUUGCAAAUACUAUACAGACAUUGA